CCCCCGGGCCGCGCGGGCUGCCUGGGAGUCGCGGGUCCAGCGGCGUUCAGAGCGCGCGAGGCUCCGGGAGCGCGGCGAGGCUGCAGGCGCCUGCGUCCACGGCGAGCAGGACAGGCUGCUCUGGCUUGGGACUCCUAGGCAGGACCACCGUCCUCCGGUCUCCAGAAUGAAGACCUUGCUGGUGCUGCUGGCUGCCCUUCUGGGUGUUGAGCGAGCCGGCUCGCUGAUGUGCUUCACCUGCCUGAACCAGAAGAGCAAUCUGUACUGCCUGAAGCCCACCAUCUGCUCCGACCAGGACAACUACUGCCUGACGGUGACCGCGUCCGCCGGCAUCGGAAAGAUCGUCACAUUUGGCCACACCCUGAGCAAGUCCUGUUCCCCGGCCUGUCCCCUCCCGGGAAACAUCAAUGCUGGUAUAGCUUCCAUGGGCAUCCGCUGCUGCCAGGGUUUCCUGUGCAAUUUCAGCGCGGCCGACGGCGGGCUGCGGGCCAGCGCCACCCUGCUGGGUGCCGGACUGCUGCUGAGCCUGUUGCCUGCCCUGCUGCGCUUCGGCCCCUGACCACCCAGAGCCUGCGCCCGGCCCCCUAGCUCAGGAAGGAAAGCCCAGCCCUCUCUGGAUCCCACAAGGGUGUGAGAGCCCCUGACUCUACAUGUGCCUGAUUCGUGCCCUUGGUCCCAGGUCAGGCCCACCCCCUGCACCUCCACCUGCCCCAGCCCUGCCUCUGCCCCAGGUAGGGCCACCUGCCCUCACUUCUGGGGUCGAUGAUGCGACCUUCCUUGGGGGACUGUGGAAGGGAUGAGGGUCCCCUGGAGUCUUAGGGUCCGGCAUCAGGACCAAGUCCUGUGGACACACUGAGAGGGCCCCCAGUAGGGAUGUGUGCCUGUGGGUGUAUGUGGGUGUGCUGUGCAGGUGUGAACAUGUGGCAGUUGCUGGGGCCUGUGUUUGGGGAGGGAGGGGUGCCAGCAGCCUGCAGAGCCCCAGUCCCCUAUAACCCCCUGCCCUGGCACAGUCCCCCGCCCUUCAAGGGCAGCCUUUUGGGGGUGGGGUUUCUGCCACUUCUAGGUCUAGGCCUCUGCCCCAAAUCCAGCCAGCCCUGCCCCAGCCCAGCCCCACAUUGGAGUCCUGCUGCUUUGGUGCCUCAAAUAAAUACACAUGUCCCCC